AUGCACCCUGGGUUAAUAAAAAUGAAACUUUCCACAUCAUGCAAACUUAAGAAGGUUUCAUCAUGAGCUGUUUGUUUUAAUUUUUGUGCAAGAGUACUUCCUUAGGACUAAUAACAGUACAUCAAAAAAAGUUUCCCUCUUUGUAGCUGUACACAUAUUAAAACAUUAAUCUAUGAUCUAACAUAUCUAAUAUGACACCUACUUAUCAUAUUUAACAGAAAUAUUAAAAGGUGUGAUUAUUAAAUAAAAAUGGUAAAUGUGCAGUUGUUGUUCUAUUAUUAGUGUUUUUUUAAUUUAUUAAAAAUUAAUCAAUUUGUCUGUUUUAAUUUAAAAAAAAAAGUCUGAAAUGUGUUUGAGAUGAUUGGAAACACAUUACAAUAAUAGCAUUUUAUAUAUGUGCAUAUAAAAGUAUCAUUGCAUUUUUUUUAUGUAAUUAGUUAGUCAUUUAAAAAUAUCUGGAUUCUUUUCACCGUAGCAUCACAUAUGUUUCAUUUGGUAAGUAGAAAGCUUCCAGUUAAAUGUGUCAUGGUUCUUUAUGAAGUGAUGUUUAAAACUAUGUUAGACAGGAAACCACUGCAAUCACAUGAGACCUGCUUUUCAGAGACAAGUGUUGACAGAGUCUACACGUACUAGAGGAAUAGAGCACUCGACGAGAGAAAUGAGAGGCUUAUACUGUUUUGUUCUGUGGAUAUUUCCAAUUUUUUGUCCCACAAUAGCAACUAAAGGACGUGAGCGUUGUUAUGAGGUUCCCAAAAAUUGUCAGACGCAUGAUAACGUUCCAUCGUGCAUUGAAGAUAGAAUGCGAAGGUGCUCAUCUGUAGGCCCUAGGAUAAGAGAUGAAACAUAUUUCUCCACACUAAUUUCCUCAGAGGAAACAGUCAAUACAGAAAGAGGAUAUGUCAUUCACAUCUCUGAUGAAGCAUUACAGAGGAGCAGCAAUGGACAGGGGAAAGCAGGUUUGAUUGUGUCUCUUCUCAAUGAUACCUUCUUCAGCGUCAGCAGCAGUUUAGACAGCAAGAAAGGAAAUGACCCAAACAGAACAGGCCCAAUAUUGCAUGGGCAAAACGUGUUGGGAGUUUGGCUUGGUGAAAAAGAAGUUCACAACCUUUCUCAGCCUGUUCAACUCACAUUCUUAAAUAACAUCAAUCAGAGUGAAAAUGGAAUCUGUGUCUACUGGCAUCUCGAUAAAAAUGGCAAAGGUAACUGGCGUACAGACGGCUGUACCACCAGCAUCGUCAAUGACAGCUUUGUGUGCAGCUGUAAUCAUCUGAGCUUUUUUGCAGUGCUCAUUAAUCCCAAAAUUCCUGAAGAGCCCCAUAUUGUCUCUCUCAACUACAUUUCAUAUGUUGGCUCUGCACUUUCAAUAGCAUUUACAGCGCUUAUGAUUGUUAUGUUUCUGUGCCAGAGGAAGAAGCAAAGUGAGCAUUCAGUUGUAAUUCAUGUGCAGCUCUCAGGCUCCCUUUUCUUGUUGCACAUCUCAUUCUUAUGCAGCGUGUGGUUUUCAGGCCAGAAAGACAUUGAUUUAGUGUGCCAGGGUCUAGGACUUCUCCUACACUGGUGCCUUUUAGCCACCUUCACUUGGACAGCCAUCGAGGGCUUCCAUCUGUACCUGCUGCUGGUGCGGGUCUUCAACAUCUACAUCAAGAGAUACUUGCUUAAACUAAGUCUUGUGGGAUGGGGUGUCCCAGCCAUUACAGUGAUUAUAUGUGGCGUGACUAAAGUGUACGGCAAAUAUACAUUUUACAAAGACAAAGAAAAAUCAACAAGCACACCUCUAUGCUGGAUAACCACACAGACAGUGAGCUACAUUACAGUGAAUGGUUAUCUGGGGUUGGUGAUGCUCUUUAACAUGGUUAUGCUGGUGGUGCUGCUGAUUAAGAUGCGUCGAUUAAGAUCACAAUCUCUUCAGUUUAAAGACCAUCGGAGGAGGGCAUGGAGAGAAUGGGUGUCUGUACUGGGGCUCUGCUGUGUUCUGGGAGUGCCCUGGGUACUGGCCUUCUCCACCCAUGGCCCCUUGAGUCUCUCUUCGCUCUAUGUUUUCACAAUUCUCAACAGUUUUCAGGGUGUCUAUAUUUUCUUGUGGUUUUUGACUCUCACGUGUAAAGCACAGAAGGACGAAUACAUCUCAUCCAAAGGCACCAUUCAGGUCAGCUUCAACAGUAAUGACGAAAUUGUGACUACAAGAUAACCAACAGCUGUUCGGUCACAUCACACUGAGGAGUUUAAAGGUGGACCCUCCACUCCACACCAAAACUUCAAUCUAGUUCUUUUUUUUAUUAGUAUUUCACUUAUUUGCAUCUUUGUGAUUUUCAAACUGGGGUCUGCAGAGUCCCGGCAGACUGCAAGGGGGCGCUAAAGGGAAUCUGCAUGUAGUAUUAUGGGAGUGGGGGAGAUAUUUAUUUGUAAGUGUUGAUCUAUCCUUCUUUGUAAUUAUAUUCCAGAAUAGUCUGUUUUUGUUUUUUGUUUUUUUACAUCUUUUCAUUGCCUCUGUUUUGCCUUUGGCUUCCUUACUGACAGUUUUUGCACAUUGUGAAAAAUGUACAUUGUGAAAAGUGCUAUGAAAUAAAUAAAUUUAAAAUUGUUCUUGCAUUGGGAGGGGAAAAAAACCUGUUGACUUUUUAAAGUAUUUGUAUAAAUUCUAUAUCAUAUUUAGUGCAAUAAUAAAAGUCAAUAAAUUUG